AGAGUUCAAAGGUCUGGGGACUCCUGGUGGUGGCGAUGGCGCUCCGCUGGGGCAUCGUGUCGGCCGGCCUCAUCUCCAGCGACUUCACGGCCGUGCUGCGGACGCUGCCCAGCUCCGAGCACCAGGUGGUGGCGGUGGCGGCCCGCGACCUGAGCCGGGCGAAGGAGUUUGCACGGAAAUACGACAUCCCCAAGGCUUACGGCUCCUAUGAGGAGCUGGCCAAGGACCCCAACGUGGAGGUGGCCUACAUUGGCGCUCAGCACCCCCAGCACAAGGCGGCCGUGCUGCUGUGCCUGGCAGCCGGCAAAGCCGUCCUGUGCGAGAAGCCCAUGGGUGUGAACAAGGCGGAAGUUCGUGAGAUGGUUGCCGAGGCCAGAACCCGAGGCCUCUUCCUUAUGGAGGCCAUCUGGACACGCUUUUUUCCUGCUUCAGAGACUCUGAGGUCUGUUUUGGCCCAGGGAACUCUGGGGGAUCUCCGGGUGGCUCGGGUAGAAUUUGGGAGUAACUUAAGCCAUGUACCCCGGGUCACAGACUGGGCCCAGGCUGGUGGUGGCCUGCUGGACCUUGGCAUCUACUGUGUGCAGUUCAUCUCCAUGGUCUUUGGUGGGCAGAAGCCAGAGAAGAUUUCAGCCAUAGGAAGGCACCAUGAAACAGGUGUGGACGACACUGUCACUGUGCUAAUGCAGUACCCAGGAGGGCUCCACGGCAGCUUCACCUGCAGCAUCACCGCGCAGCUCUCCAACACUGCCUUAGUGAGCGGUACCAAGGGCAUGGCCCAGAUCCUUUCCCCCUGCUGGUGCCCAACAGAGCUGGUGGUGCAGGGGGAGCAUAAGGAGUUCCCGCUGCCCCCAGACCCGAAGGAGUGCAAUUACACAAACGGAGCAGGCAUGUGUUAUGAGGCCAAGCAUGUCCGGGAGUGUUUGCGCAAGGGCUUGAAGGAAAGUCCUGUGAUUCCCCUGGCAGAAAGUGAGCUCCUGGCUGACAUCCUUGAGGAGAUCAGGAAGGCCAUUGGAGUCACCUUCCCCCAAGACAAACUCUGAUGUACACCCUGAAUAAAUAAAAACAUGGUUUCUAUACA